AUGACUUCUAUUAUGGAUCAGUAUGAACAAGCAAAUCAAAAAAAUAUUGCUGGUGCAAUAUCAGAUGAACCAAUUUCCGGAUACAAUUCAAGGAUGGAGGAUAGUACACCAAUUUUUAGCAAACAAAAAAUGCAGUUUACGCCCUCGGAUAAGAUUACACAUUUGGCAGUUGCUAACGAUAUUUUGGUAUUGGCCAUGGCAAAUAAUACUUUGUUUAGAAUUAAUUUGAAACAGCCUGAUAAAAAUGAAGAAAUAUCUCUGAAUAAACCUGCAUACAAAAUAAGCGAAAUAUUUAUUGAUCCAUAUGGUAAUCACCUGCUUAUUGCUCUAACCUCAAGACAGCCUGAAUCUUCCAGUGAAUUAAUAUAUCUCAAUAGGAAAAGUAAUAAACUUAAAGCUUCUAAUAAGUUUCGAGGCUACGAAAUAACUGAGGUUGGCUGGAAUUGUAAUGUGUGCUCUGAGACUACAACAGGUCAUAUUUUGCUAGGAACAUCUAAAGGUUUAAUUUUUGAAACUGAAAUGGGAUUAGAUGGUGACAAAAUAUUUCAUAGUAGUCUUGAGCAGUAUUGGAGACAACUUCCUAACUAUUUACCACUUUAUGGUAACAGGGAGGUAGAAGGUCUGAUUUUUGAUAUUGGCAAGGGAGAUGACAUCCCAAUUACUGGUCUAGAAUUUCGCAAAGUCAAUGAUACAAAUAAGUAUAUUGUUCUUGUUACAACACCACAAAGACUUUAUCAAUUUUCUGGUACUUCUUCAUCAGAAGACAGGUCGCUAUUACAGCAAGUUUUCAAUUCAUAUUUAAACAAACCAGAGGAAUGUAUAGAAAUGGGAAGUUCAUUGAAAUAUUCAAAACUGAAAUUAUACUACAAUGAAGUGUCUAGCCUGCCCAAAUCUUUUGGAUGGCUUAUAGAACAUGGAUUGUACUAUGGAAAAAUUGACCCAUAUAAAUCUGAUGACUCAAAUUUUAUAUCCAAAGCUGAAAUGCUAGCAUUUCCAAAUAGAACAAAUGAUAACUUGAAAUCCAAGUCUAAACUAUAUCCAAUAACAUUUGUGAUGACAGAAUUUCAUACUCUACUUGUUUAUAAAGAUAAAGUUGUGGGAAUUUCGCUAUUGAAUAAUGAUGUGAUUUUUGAAGACAAUUACAAUGAAGCUUUUGGGAAAGUUGUUAACAUUGCACGAGAUCCUGCAAAAGGAACUAUUUGGUUAUUUACAGAUAAAUAUGUCUUUAGAUACAAAGUCACACGUGAAGAAAGGGAUGUAUGGAAAAUUUAUGCUGACAAAAACGAAUUUGCAUUAGCAAAAAAGUAUUGCAAUAACAAUCCUUUAUUUUAUGAUAAGAUUCAAAUAAAGGAAGCUGAAAUGUUAUAUAAUGAAAAAAAAUAUAAAGAAUCUGCUCUUAUAUUUGCCGAAACGCAAUCGAGUUUUGAAGGUGUUUGCCUAAAAUUUUUGGAGCGGAAUGAAAUUCCAGCACUGAGACUAUUUCUUCGUAGGAAAUUAGAUAUGUUAAAACCUCAGGAUAAAACGCAAAUCACAAUGGUUAUUAUAUGGAUUAUUGAGUUGUAUUUAAAUGAAAUAGGUAAUUUAAGAAAUAGAAACUUAUUAGAUAGUCAAGAAUGCCAUGAACUGCAAACCGAGUUUGAUAAAUUUAUUAGGCAACCAGUAGUUUAUGAGAAUAUAUGCAACAAUAAAAGAGUAAUUUAUGAAUUAAUGGCGUCUCAUGGAGAUAAUGGUAACUUGAUAAAAUUGACAAUGUUAAACGAAGACUUCGAAAAUGUGAUUAUGAUGCAUCUGUAUAAAGGACAAUACAUGGAAGCUUUAGAUGUCUUGAAGAGACAAAGUAAUAAUGAGUUGUUUUACAGACAUUGCCCAAUACUUAUGGAAGAAAUACCAAAAAGCACUGUCCAAGUUUUGAUUUCAAGAGGGAAACAUUUACAACCAUCAAAACUACUUCCUGCAUUGGUAUGGGAAAUAGGCUCUGCAGGCAUCAGUGAGCAACACAUGGCAGAAAUUAUAAAAUAUUUAGAGUUUUGUGUUCAUAGCAUCGGUUCAACACAACAGGCAAUACAUAAUUAUCUUUUAACAUUAUAUGUUAACCAUUAUCCCAAGAAAUUGAUGCUGUAUUUGGCAACUCAAGGCCAGGAUUUAACCAUGAUACACUAUGAUGUACAUUAUGCUCUGAGAUUGUGUAGAGAAAAGCAUCUUACAGAAGCUUGCGUACAAUUAUCAGCUUUGCUAGGACUCUGGGAAGCUGCUGUAGAUUUAGCACUAACUGUAAAUCUUGAUUUGGCAAAAGCUACCGCGUCACAGCCAAAUCUUAGUGAUGAACAACGUAGAAUGUUAUGGUUGAAAAUAGCCAAACAUGUUCUGAGUGGAAAAGAUGAUAUAGAACAAGCGAUGGAAUUUUUAAACCAGUGUGAUUUGAUUAAAAUUGAGGACUUAUUGCCAUUUUUCUCAGAUUUUGUUACAAUAGAUCACUUCAAAGAUGCCAUUUGCAAUUCAUUAGAGAGUUCCCCAGCUCGGCACAAGGGCCCUCAAAGGUUGUCCCCUUCGCGGGGAAAUGGCGACGUGCGACCUAUGGCGCCUCAUAAUAAUUCGACGGCUGCGGGUUUGAUUAAGGGCGGUUUCCCCGAUUGA